GUACAGCAGCCCUUGGGGACUCCCAAAUGGUCAAGUGCCUUUAACGUCCCCGUCGUAUUUCUCCAGCCCUCAUCCCCAGCUUUACUACCAGCCCCUUUCGAGCACCCUUUUUUAUCCACACUUUUUUUAGACUUUUGAGGGUCUGGCAGAAGCUCAGUGAGAGGGCGCGAGUGGGCUAACUUUCAUUACCGCUGCUGAUCCCAGAGGCACUGGAGGCCGGUAAAAAAACAACACAAGGCUGUACGGAAAAACCGGACCUCCAUCGGGAUUCAGUGCUGAUAAUCCUCCUGUGGCUCAUUGGAUUUUCUUGUGGGUAGAAAACUUUUUUUCUACCAUGAAGCAAACUUGGGACAAGGGUGUUUUUGAGAACGGCCAGUCAAAAAUUCCAGGGAACGUUGGUAAAGCUUCCGCCGAACACCUCCAGAGUACCUCAGGAGAAAAGCUUGAUAAUAAGUCUGCUCCUCUGGCUGGUGUUCAUGGUGGAGUAGGUCAGAACCUGCUGCUGAGUCCUGCCAGUCUUCAGCUAGCUCAGCUUCAGGCCCAGCUCACCCUACAUCGUCUCAAACUUGCCCAGACCACCAAUACCGCAGCCGCAGCCACUGUCCUCAAUCAGGUUCUUUCCAAUGUGGCCAUGUCACAACCUCUCUUCAAUCAUCUUCGGGGUUCCAGCAUGGCCCAGGCCCACAGUGGGGCCUUUCCACCCCCACCCAUAGCCUUCCCACCACCCAAUGCUGCACUGGGACAACUGGUUGGUGGUGGCUUUGCUCCAAAUCCCUCUGGAAUCAGACCCACAAACUACAGUGGGGUGUCCAAUCAGAAACCUAGUCAGCACAAUGAUUUCAGCAAAAAAGCUGGAACAUAUUUGACGGACACAGACCGUCGCUUGCAGUUUGGAUAUUUGGGAGGGGCUUCAGUGGUUACUGGUAAAGCUUGUGAUGGAGGACAGUAUGGUGGAGCCUCUACACAACCCAGAAACAGUGUCCACAGUAAUUUUCAAAGAGACUUCUACCCCUCUGAAACACCAGUACAACAAACUAGUUUCAUGGGAGGAAGCAAUGAUCAGAAUCUGGGAUCAGCCUCUAAGGAUCAGUGGAAAGGUCCGAUCAACUUGGGAAAGAUGGAUAUAGGUACAGUAACAGGUUCUGGGGGUUGGGUACCACCUGGACCAGGGUUUGUGGGUCAGAGAGCAGAGUUGUAUAACCCAGAGGAACCCACGGCAGAUCCUAAGUUCAACUCUACAUGCGGCCCAGGAAUUGGCCCACCCACUGGGCAGCAAGUGGGAAUUAAACAGCAGCCACAGGUUUCCCAGAGUGAGGAAAGGGUGACCUUGCAAUUACAACCCCACCAGUUCAAUGACUAUCAAGGGACAAUACCUUCACACCUACCCCAUCAGUGCACCAUUUGUGAGAAGAAGGUUUACAACCUGAAGGACUGGGACCAGCAUGUGAAGGGCAAGUUACAUCUGCAGAACUGUUCGCUCUACACCGAAAGCCCGACGCUUGGAGCAGUGCACUUUCCAGUGUCGUCUGAAGGAUGUCUCAACAUGGCAUUGAGUAACACUAUGGCAUACACGUCGACUGCCAGUCAGGAUGCUUCAACUGGAACUGCUUCAUAUUUGCCUGCCACAUCCAUGAAGUCAUUUCCUCUCUCGGGGGCGGGAUUUACUUCACAUCAAGCAGGGUUUGUUCAGCGUAAAGCAUGUCCCGGACGUGUUGUGCACAUCUGUAACCUCCCAGAGGGCAGCUGCACGGAGAAUGACGUCAUUAACUUAGGACUUCCCUUCGGAAAAGUGACCAACUACAUCCUCAUGCGCUCAACGCAUCAGGCAUUUCUGGAAAUGGCAUACGUGGAGGCUGCGCAGGCGAUGGUGCAGUACUACCAGCUGCAGCCUGCCAGCAUCAACGGACACAAGCUUCUGAUCCGCAUGUCCAAAAGAUACAAGGAGCUGCAGCUAAAGAAACCAGGUAAAGAUGUUGAUUCUAUUAUUCAAGACAUCAAUUCCCAGAGAGAGCGAGAUGAGAUGCAGGAGAUUGACAGGUAUUUGCCGGAGCGUGCCAGAUCACGCAGUCCAGUCAGUCGUUCACUGAGCCCACGCUCACACAGCCCAAGCUUCACUUCCUGUAGCUCUGCUCACAGUCCACCAGGACCGCCCUGUCGGCCCGACUGGAGCAACGGCAUGGGGCCCCGCCGGCCCUCCUGGGACUGGACGUGCCAUUCCCGAGGUGACGAGGACCCCCGCGAGAGAGACGAGUGGAGGAAUGAUGAGGAAGAGAGACCCAACGGAUGGCUGUCCGAGCGCAGGAAACACUACCUUAAACCCGGGGACCGGAUCAGCCCGCGUAUGGGGCCCGGAGAUGAGCGGGGCAGGGACUGGUACCCCCGUGGGAGCCCUCAGGCUUCAUCCUUCUCCUCCUAUCACUCCAUAGAUGACUUUUACAAGAAAGACUUGCUGUACAAGACUGAAAAAUUGGGCAGGUCGCAACAUCAGAGACAUGAGGGUAAAACAAAGAGAAGGGACGGCGGUGACUAUCACAGACCCCGACACUCGGAGUCAGAUGUGACCGAUGACACAAACUCCAACCGGACAGCUGAAGACAGAGGACGCAGCAAGAGGCUGACCCGGAGACAAGACCGGGAGGAGAAGGAGUCCGAAAAUCAGAAAGAAGAAUCUAGAGCCAAAGAAAGACCAACGUCUCCUCAUAACAGCAAACCUGUAGAGUCUUCAAAGUGUGACAGAGAUGGUGACAGUGAGGGACUGGAAAGUGUAGAUGAUGGUGAGGAGGAGAGCUGGUAUCCUAAAAGCAUGGAGGAACUGGUGACAGUAGACGAAGUCGGAGGAGAGGAUGAUUCUAUAGUUGAACCUGAUCUACCUGAUCUUCACGAGGGGGACCAGACAGUUGAGCCGAGUCAGUCAAUGGCAGAGAGCCCUAAACCAAACGCAAAGACCCCAGCAGAAGGUGAGGAGACUGUGGUGGACCCUCCUAUCCUUCCACUGCUUGAUCUAGUCCCAGAAGAAAGCUCUGGAGCUGCUCAGUCCAGCCCAGGAGAAAGAUCAUCUGCCCCAGAACAACCAGUUUGUCAACUCAACCGCUUCCCGUCCCAGGAGUUUAAGAGCGCUUUGGAGGAGACCUGCUCCACCACUCAACUAGACACACACAUCGACACGACCAUACCAGCUGGUCCUCUAAACAACAGCACCACAUGUGAAAGUGGAAAUGUGACUGACUUGAGUAAGGAUGAAAACAAGAUGGCAGAGAUGGACAACAAGGAACCAUGUCUCAAACAGGACAGUCAGAAGAAAGAUAUUCCUGACUCAUUACCAGCCCCUUUACCUCAGGCAGCAGACAUCCUUGCUGCGUCACCAUCUCAGGAGCAGGAGAAAGCCAUCAGUGAGCACAGCAUACCGUUAGGUGUGGAGUUCAUCGUGCCAAGGACGGGCUUUUUUUGCAACCUGUGUGGUUUGUUUUACACCAGCGAACAAACAGCCAAGACGUCACACUGUCGGAGUACAAUUCACUACAGGAACCUCCAGAAGUAUCUGUCGCAGCUGGCAGAGGAAAGUCUCUUGAACUUCCACACGGAGUCGCCAAACACUGAAUGAAGCUCACGUGAGACUAUCAGGACUGCACCGCUGCUGGGACAUGCUGAAAAACAAGGACAAAGAGGAGGGGACACAAGGAGAAACAAAGCAAUAUGAUGCUCUGUGUACUCGAAUUCAUAGCAAUAGAAAUACUUCAAAUGCUUUCAAGAAUUAAAAAAAAAAUGUUAAUUAAGAAUUAAAAUGUAUUUAAAGGGAGUAAGUAGUUCACUGAAAAAUUUAAGUUAGAAACCUAUAUUAAUUUUUGGUCUUUUUUUUUGUUUAAGAAUGUUCAUGCUGCUAUUUUUCUAUACAUUGGAACUAAAGCGUUUUGUGGUUACAAAAUGUAAAAAGCACCAUAAAAAUAUCACGAAAUUAGUUCAUGCAAGGUGCACUUCAUCAUAGCCACGAUUCACCUUAAAGGGAUAGUUCACUUUGAAACUAAAAUUUGAAGUUUGUGGCAUCUAAGGUAUAGGUGUCUUUUUUUCUUCAAUAGAUCCAAUUAACAAACCGUUGUAGUCUGUUAGUCAUAUAAUGGUCGGUAUAGGGAACUUUCUGGAACACUGUCGUCAAUAUCCUUAUCGUUCAACGUCGUCUGUUGAUAUAUCAGAAAGUCAUCUUCCAUUGCAAUGUCCUGUAUGUCUAAAUAUGUUAAAAAAUGUAUAAUUACUGUUUUUUUUUUUAUACACAAACUGCUUGUUUCAUGUCUUAGGCCAUCAACGUAUCGUUAUGAUGGGGUAUGGUUUAAUUUGGAUUUCUCUGUGCAUGUUUUUUUUUCUUUCAUAGAGAAAGUUCCCUAUACCGACUACAACAGUUUAAAUGAAAAAUCUCAAAAUUGGAUCUAAUGAAGAAAAAAAGAAAUCUAAACAUUAGAUGCUCUUGGGGUGAGCUGACAAACUUCAAAUUUUAGUUUCAAAGAGAACUAUCCGUUUAAACUUAAUUAU